AUGGAUCUGUUUGAUGUGUUUGAGUCGACGGCUUGUGAGGCACCGAAGAAACGAAAACUCGAUGAAUCAGAAGAGAAAGAAUGCGAAGAAUUAAUAAAUUCUGUAAUUGAUGUCCAAAACUCAGACAAGGAGUCCAAGAAAGUGAAAGGUGUCCAAGAAGUGGAAGUCAUCGAAAUCGAUGACCAAAAUGAAGGAAACACUGAAACUACUGAAAAGCCUGAAGAGAAAAGUGAAGAAUUAGUGGCGAAGACUGUGUGUCACGAACUGGAGGGCAAGGGAUCGUGUCUUCACGAAGUUGUCCUUCCAGUUGGUCUCGAAUAUGUGGCCCUCAGAGAGAACACCGACAAUCAGAAACCGGCCAAAGAGUAUGAGUUUGUUUUGGAUCCCUUCCAGAAAGAGGCCAUUCUUUGCAUUGAUAACAAUCAAAGUGUUUUAGUGUCGGCCCACACUUCGGCCGGUAAGACAGUUGUGGCCGAGUAUGCGAUCGCCAUGUCUUUGAGGGACAAACAGCGAGUGAUAUACACGACACCGAUUAAAGCGUUGAGUAAUCAGAAGUACCGGGAAUUCCACGAAGAGUUCGAAGACGUGGGUCUCAUCACAGGAGACGUGACUAUAAACCCGACGGCUUCUUGUCUUAUAAUGACGACAGAGAUCUUGCGGUUAAUGCUGUUCCGCGGCAGUGAGAUAAUGCGUGAAGUGGGUUGGGUUGUCUUCGAUGAGAUCCAUUACAUGCGCGACAGAGAGCGCGGUGUCGUCUGGGAGGAGACCAUCAUCUUAUUGCCCGAUACCGUCCACUAUGUCUUCCUAUCGGCCACUAUUCCCAACGCCCGACAGUUUGCUGAAUGGAUCGCUCACUUGCAUCAGCAGUCAUGUCAUGUAGUUUACACUGAUUACAGACCCGUCCCUCUCCAGCACUAUAUAUACCCGUCGGGUGGCGAUGGCCUCCAUUUGGUUGUCGACGAAAACAGCAAUUUUAGAGAAGACAACUUCAAUCUAGCGAUGAAUGUCUUGCAAAACGCUGGCGACGCCGCUAAAGGAGACUUUGCAAUGAGGGGUCGCAAGGGAGGCAUGAAGGGCGAAUCCAAUUGCCUGAAAGUGAUCCGGACAAUAAUGGAGAGAAACUUAGCGCCGGUUAUAGUGUUUAGUUUCAGCAAAAAGGAGUGCGAAUCCUAUGCCUUACAGAUGAGUAAAUUGGACUUCAAUUCAAAUGAAGAGAAAGAAUUAGUUGAAGAAGUGUUCAAUAAUGCUAUUGAUGUGCUUAGCGAUGAGGACAAGAAGUUGCCACAGGUUGAGCACAUACUGCCUCUUUUGAGACGAGGCAUAGGUAUCCAUCACUCGGGACUUCUGCCUAUAAUUAAAGAGACGAUUGAAAUUUUAUUCAGCGAAGGAUUGAUUAAAGCUUUGUUCGCAACCGAGACCUUUGCAAUGGGUCUCAAUAUGCCGGCGCGAACUGUUGUCUUCACAAACGCUCGCAAAUUUGACGGAACAGACUUCCGAUGGCUUACUUCAGGCGAAUACAUACAAAUGAGUGGUAGAGCCGGACGAAGAGGUUUAGACGAGAGAGGAAUCGUUAUUCUCAUGAUUGACGAGAAGAUGAGUCCAUCGGUUGGCAAAGAGUUGAUUAAAGGGAAGCCCGACUUCCUUAACAGCGCUUUUCAUUUGACUUAUAAUAUGGUUUUGAAUUUACUUCGAGUCGAAGAAGUGAAUCCCGAAUAUAUGCUUCAACACAGCUUUUAUCAGUUCCAACACUACUCUCAAUAUCCAAGACUACAACAAAACUUAGAAGACCUUCAGAAAGAAUAUGAUUCUAUCGGUGUCUUAGAUGAACAUAAUGUUAGCGAAUAUAUUAAAGUCAAAACACAAUUAAGUAAUUUAUCUCAAGAUUUCUUACGAUACAUAACAAGCCCUCAAUACAUUAUCCCUUUCCUUGUUUCGGGUCGUCUUUUAAAGGUUGUGUCCAAUGAAGGGCUUGACAUGGAUUGGGGAGCAGUCGUUAAUUUUAACCGAAAAGUAGUUAAAAGUCGUUCUCGGAAUCCGUCUCUUGAAGAGUCGACUGUAUAUACGAUCGAUAUUUUGCUACAAUUAACCAAAAAUUUUGACACUAAAAGCGAUGUCAUAGUCCCUCCAAAUGCUGGAGAGAAGGGAGAGAUGAGAGUCGUAACCAUUUCCCUGACAAACAUCACACAAAUCAGUUCUCUCAGAAUAUUUAUUCCACAAGAGUUACGGAAUGUCGAUAACAGACAAUCAGUUCUUAAGUCUAUUUUUGAAGUAAAGAAUCGCUUUACGGGCGAAGACAAAGUGGCGAACAUUCCAUUAUUGGAUCCGAUCGAAGACAUGAAGAUUAAAGACAAAGAGUUUAAAUCGAUUGUUAAAAAGAUUGAAUCGUGUGAGAAGAGGUUCACCGAAUUUAAGGCAAUCGACUCGAAUGCCAUUCAAUUGUUUGAAAAGAAGAGCAAAGUAUCGGAAGAGAUGAAGAAAGUGAGACAAGACGUGAAGAAAGCCCAGAGUUUGCUACAAAUGAAUGAAUUGAAGUGCAGAAAGAGAGUCCUCAGACGUCUCGGCUAUUGUACGGCCGCUGAUGUGAUCGAAAUCAAAGGACGCGUCGCCUGUGAGAUAACCAGCGGCGAUGAAUUACUGCUCACAGAAAUGUUAUUCAACGGUGUAUUCAAUGACCUCAACGUUUACCAAAUUUCUGCACUUUUGAGUUGUUUUGUAUUCGAGGAGAAGACGCAACAAAUCCCUAAACUGACGGAUGAAUUGGCGAAACCCUUGCGAACAAUGCAAGAGUUGGCCAAAAGGAUAGCAACCGUUUCUAUUGAAGCAAAACUAGAUUUAGACGAAAAUGUUUAUAUUGAAAAAUUUAAGCCAAACCUAAUGGAUGUGAUCUAUUCAUGGGCUAAAGGAUCCACUUUUGCACAGUUAUGCAAAAUGACUGACGCUUUUGAGGGUUCAAUCAUUCGGUGUAUGAGAAGGUUAGAGGAAUUGUUGCGCCAAAUGUGUCAGUCCGCCAAAGUUAUUGGGAAUACAGAUCUCGAGAACAAGUUUUCCGAAGCCAUUAAACUAAUAAAACGUGACAUUGUUUUCGCCGCAAGUCUUUACCUUUAG